AUGCAAGCUGCAACACAACUCCCCGCCCACCAAAGGCCAUUUGACCUACCAACCCCUUCCGAGCGAGUGACGUGCUCGAACGGCAAUGAAGCGUAUCGCUGGGUUCUCACUGAGAGUGAACGUCUCCACAUGGCAGAAAUGCUUGGUGUUGACAAGACUUCUAUCAGCCUUCGAGGCAACGUGAUGAACCGGGAGCGCAUGGUUUGUGAGCGAUGUGGUAAACAUUCAGGACUAGAUGAUAUGGUUCAUAAUGCGCUUUACGCCGGUGUCCACUAUGCGUCAUUUGUGAAAGAGAUUAUCGUCGAUGGAAAGCCUCCUAGUAACGGGAGUCCUGCGCACGAGAUCUUCUGCUCGAACUGCACUACCAAGCACAUCGAUGUUGGAUACUGGGAGGGUGUGGAACCAUGGCACGAGUAG